CAAUGAACAUAUGUGAAUAAUAAUUACGCGUGUGUAUACACUGGAUUGUAAAUUUUGGCGCGAUUGAAUGAGAAUGUGCGGGAAACGAAUUAUGUGCGAGAGUUUAUUGUAAAAUAGGUAAAUACGAAUCAAAACUGUUAUGCAAGCGGCAAAGCGAGUGCUGUCACCCAGUAAGGUUGAUAAUGUGCCGGCGUCAUGCAAGAAGUACAAAAAACAAAUUGAUCUCGAUGUCCACCCGCCGCUUCCAACUGACCAGGAGAACUAUGACUUUUUGUUGGACGACGACAAUGAUUUCGAUGUAAGUGCAUUGGAUGCUGCCGCAACAGCGAAGGGCAUUGAUCUGAACAGUUGGCAACGCUGUGUGGUGCUGGAUAUGGAACGCCUGCCCAGGUCACAUGAUUUGGUUCUCCAAUUGCGUAGCGAUGAAGAUGCGGAUUCGAAAGCUAUUUGCCAUUUGCAGGCGCCAUGGAAUCAAACGCCACUAGAGCAAGGUGAUCUGGUGUCGGUUAAAGCGCAGUGGCAGCCCACGCUGGCCGCGUAUGUGGUUAACAAGGAGCAGGGCUAUUGUGUAAUACAUCCAGAUCUGCUCAUAUCAAGUACUUCUGUGACUGGCUCGCUUUUCUGCCGACGCAAAGCCGUGCUGCAGGAUCGUUUUCGUGGUGUUGAUUCUACUAAUGCGGUGAUGAUUAUAGGCACAUUGGUGCACGAGCUGCUGCAAACAGUUCUAUCGCAGCGUCUGCGACAGAAAUCACAAGUGGAGGAUGCACUGCAGCAAAUGCUGCAUAGUUCUUCUUUAGCCCAGCAGCUCUAUGCCGGCCAGCUGAAUCGCGCCGAGAUCGAAUUGCAGCUAUAUAAGUUUGUAGGACCAAUUGUUGACUUUGUAGCGCAAUAUGUAGAGGGCAAGCUGCCCUCUGUACAGCCACCGGAAAUGUACAAGGGUCGGAUUGAUCAAAUACACGAUAUUGAGGAAAAUCUGUGGGUGCCGCAGCUCGGACUCAAGGGCAAGGUUGAUGUUUCUGUGCACGUGCGCAACAAAAAGCAGCCAAUACCAUUGGAGUUGAAAACUGGACGCGCCAGCUUUUCGAUGGAACACAAGGGCCAGCUGUUGCUCUAUCAGCUAAUGCACUCGGCUCUGGGUCAAGAGACGCGCAGUGGUCUGUUGCUGUACUUGCGCGAAGGCAUUCUGCGCGAGGUUCACGAGGGUCGCAACGAGCAACGCGAUCUCAUUCUGCUGCGCAACGAUCUGGCGCAUUAUCUAACACGCGAUGUGCAACUGCCAUCGGGUGAAGAAACCAUCUCGCUGGUCGAACAGCCUGGUAAGCUGUUGCAGCCCUUACAGCUGCCCGAACCCAUUUCACAUCAUAGCGCCUGCGGGAAUUGCGCCUAUGCCACGCUCUGCUGCAGCUUUGCCAGUACAGAUUCUCAGCUUGAGCUGAGUGAAUCUCAUCCGCUGCGACGUCUAAUGCCAGAAGUUCUAGAUCAUCUAAGUCAAGCGGAUUAUGAGUAUGUGUUUCACUGGUGUGGUCUGUUGGCUCUAGAGGAACAACAAGCGCGAAAAUCACAUCAGCUGCGAGCGCUAUGGACUGAAACACCUGCCAAGAGGCAGCACCAGGGUCGCGCGAUCCAACAGUUGCAAUUGCCUAAGAAUCAUCAGGCACUUCUAGUGGAUGGACGCUUUGAACAGAAAUUGAUACUGUCAGAGGAAGCGGAUAAUGAACUGAAUUUAACACUCAGCGGCUUUGAGGUGGGCGAAUAUGUCAUCAUUAGCUGUAGCUCGCGGCUGGCUAUUGCCGCCGGCUACAUAACAGCGCUAGAGCAGCGCAGCUUGUGCGUGCAACUAGAGCGUGAUCUUGGCCAGCGUUAUGUGCUGGAGAGUUUCAUAGUGGACAAGCAUGAAUCCCAGAGCUUUGCCAGUUUCAAUUUUACGAACCUGGCGCAACUUUUAGCGCCCAGUGAACGUGCGGCUCAAUUGCGGUCCAUUGUGAUUGCCCGGACACUGCCAAAGCAGCAAAAGGUUUUGCCUCGCAUCAUUGGCAGCAAGGGCGGGCCCAUGCUGCGUUCAUUGAAUAAGGUACAGCAGGUGGCUGCCUUACGUGCCCUCACCACCGAUACACACCUGCUGAUCAAGGGACUGCCAGGCACAGGAAAAACGCAGACAUUGGUGGCCAUUGUGCGGCUCCUGCAUCUGAUGGAGCGCAGUGUGUUAAUUACAGCACAAACGCAUUCCGCCGUAGAUAAUCUGUUGUUGCGUCUGCUGCCCUAUAAUCUGCCGCUGAUGCGUCUGGGUAACAGCGCACGAAUUCAUCCGCAGUUGCAGGAGAUCAGUGAGGCACAGUUGACAGCUAAUUGCGAAACAGUUGAACAGUUGACGUCAGCACUAGAAAAGCCAAGCAUUGUAGGCGUCACCUGUCUCGGAGCCGGACAUGCUCUGUUCCAGCAUCGUAAGUUCGACUAUUGCAUCGUGGAUGAGGCCACACAGGUGUUGCAGCCGGCGGUUUUACGUGCGUUGAGCCACAGUAGCCGUUUCAUACUUGUCGGCGAUCCGGAGCAGCUGCCACCGCUGGUGCGUAGCCGUGAGGCGCGUCUGCGCGGCGCUGAUGAGAGCCUAUUUCAGCGUUUGGAUUGCGACGAGGCCACAGCUGUGCUGACACUGCAAUAUCGUAUGAAUCGCAGCAUUACACGUCUGGCCAACCACUUGACGUAUGGCCAGGCACUACAAUGCGCCAGUGAACAGGUUGAAAGUGCGAAACUGCAAUGGGAACCACCAGCCGAGUGCUGUCUUUGGGUGCAACGCACGUUGCAAACUCAUUUAGAGCAAGCAGUCGUUUUGUUGGACACAUGCGAUUGUGCACAACGCUGUCAGGACUAUGUUGAUGCAUCCAAACAGCAGUGCAAUACCAGCGCCUCCAUCGAACAGUAUUAUGGUGAAGCCGUUGAACAAACAUUGCAACCAACUCAAUUACAAUCAGGUCGUCCUCGUCGUGUGCCUAAGUAUAGUAACUAUUGCGAGGCGGCCAUUGUGUUGCAUUUGUUGCGACAACUGCUGGAGGCGGGCUACGAUGCUGCACGCAUUGGGGUCAUUGCACCAUAUCGCGCUCAGGUGGAGUUGCUGCGCAAGCUGGGCGAACAUUUAACCGGUGUGGAAUUCAAUACGGUUGAUCAAUAUCAGGGACGCGAUAAGAAUCUAAUAAUCUACAGUUGUACGAAGACAGGCAGUGCCAGUGCCGAACAGAAUAUGGAACGUGCGCGAGAGGCAGAAAUCCUGGAGGAUCAACGUCGAUUGACUGUUGCUAUCACACGUGCCAAACAUAAAUUAAUUUUACUUGGGGACGUUAACUGUUUGGCACGCUAUACGCCCUUUCAAAAACUUUUCAAUCAUAUUCCCGAACGUUGUCGGUUGCACUUGGCCGACGGCCGCAUGGGCUUCAGCUGGCAGCAACUAUUCCACGAGUUGGAACAGCUCCAAGUUAGCAAGUGAUUAAAAUAAGGAUUAUUUAUUUUAAAUUUAAUUCUAUUUAUUCUAUUUUAAGAAAAAUAUGAACGC